CUCUCUCUCUACCCCUCUAUCCCUCCCCUUCAGAUUCAACCAAACAAAACCACGAACAUUGCUCCUCUUCCUAUCACCACCCUCACCAUCAAUCAGCUUCGCAAUCCUCUCUGCGCAAUAUUAACAUUAUCACCCUCGGUACAACAUCGCUUCAUACCACGUGCGGUUGUAUUCUGUGUAAAAGCAUACAUAUAGAGGGAGGGAGUUUUCUUGAUUGUAUUGGUUAGUGGGUUUCAGAUAUCUGAAACUAAUGGCGGCGUCAUCUGUAAUGUGUACAUGGCUAAUGGCGGCUUGCAUGUCUGUUGCUUGUGAAAAAGACCAAACGAUGAUGAACCCGAACCCUUCGAUGUUUAAUUCUUCGCCUUCGAAAGGAUUAAGCAAAGGGACUCGUAGAAGAAGGGUCUUGGCUAAAUGCAAUUCUGAUAGCACCAAAUUGCAAAGAGGCUUAAUUACAUCAUUGUGUGGAUCGAGCAUUCAGAAUCUAAUGAACUCCUUGGAGCCAUGUCAUGAGUAUAACAAUUCUAAAGGGCUUUUGAUAUCAGACUUCUUUGGUGAGAAUGGGUUAGGAUCGAUAUUCGGAUCAAGAAAUGUUCCGUUAGGUCGCAGGCGGAGGAGGAUGAAUAAAGUUACCCAUUCUGGGGAAACUAUGGCUGUAGCUGAGCAACCUACCAUGGAAGUUGCAAUGAAGAAGAAACUUCCUACCAAGCAAAAGCGGGUGGUAGUCACCGGAAUGGGUUUGGAGACCCCAAUUGGUCAUGACCCCGAUGUGUUUUACAAUAAUCUGCUUGAAGGUGUUAGUGGCAUAAGUGAGAUAGAAGCUUUUGAUUGCUCCCAUUAUCCAACGAGAAUUGCUGGGGAGAUCAAGUCUUUCUCAACAGAUGGAUGGGUUACACCAAAACUUUCAAAGAGGAUGGACAAUUUCAUGCUUUACAUGCUAACAGCUGGCAAGAAAGCAUUGGCAGAUGGUGGAAUUACUGAAGAUGUAAUGGACGAACUAGACAAAACUAAAUGUGGGGUUUUGAUUGGCUCGGCCAUGGGUGGUAUGAAGGUUUUUAACGAUGCAAUAGAAGCUUUAAGGGUCUCGUACAGGAAGAUGAAUCCUUUUUGUGUACCUUUUGCAACUACAAAUAUGGGUUCAGCCAUACUCGCUAUGGAUCUGGGAUGGAUGGGCCCAAACUAUUCGAUUUCUACUGCUUGUGCUACAAGCAACUUCUGUAUAUUGAAUGCAGCAAACCACAUCAUCAGAGGUGAAGCUGACAUGAUGCUUUGUGGUGGCUCAGAUGCUGUAAUCAUACCCAUUGGGUUGGGAGGAUUUGUGGCAUGCAGAGCACUUUCUCAGAGAAAUGGAGAUCCUACAAAAGCUUCACGCCCUUGGGACAUGAAUCGUGAUGGUUUUGUUAUGGGAGAAGGAGCUGGAGUUCUGCUUUUGGAAGAACUUGAGCAUGCAAAGAAAAGAGGAGCAAAAAUCUAUGCUGAAUUUAUGGGUGGAAGCUUCACUUGUGAUGCAUAUCACAUGACUGAGCCUCAUCCUGAAGGGACUGGUGUCAUCCUAUGCAUAGAAAAGGCCAUAGCUCAGUCUGGCGUAUCUAGGGAAGAUGUGAACUACAUAAAUGCACAUGCUACAUCAACACUAGCUGGAGACAUUAAGGAGUACCAAGCGCUUGUUCACUGUUUUGGCCAGAACCCCGAGCUACGAGUGAACUCUACAAAAUCAAUGAUUGGCCACCUACUAGGGGCAGCUGGUGCUGUGGAAGCCAUUGCAACUGUGCAGGCAAUAAGGACAGGUUGGGUUCAUCCGAAUUUGAAUCUGGAAAGCCCAGAUGAAGGCGUGAACAUGAAUGUGCUGGUGGGCCCAAAGAAAGAAAGACUGGACGUUAAGGUGGCAUUGUCUAAUUCUUUUGGAUUUGGUGGCCACAACUCGUCAAUCUUAUUUGCUCCCUACAAGUAGAUCUUGCGGGGUACUCUGACAUGGCUGUAUAUGAUCAGAAGGUAUGUCAGCUUGUAAUUGUAUUUGAGAGGUUGCCCCUGAUAACUAGAAAGAGUAGCAGGAUUGUCAUUAAAGUUCAUCCCUGUAACUCUUUGCUUCUUAAUGGCAGUAGUUUAAUAAAGAUGAUAUUUUAAAUUUGUUGGUGGGAAGGUUUUGAAGAAUUUUCUUGCAUUGCUCUUGAAUCAAGUUAUACCAUAGAAAAUAUUUUGAAAUUCCUUUGUUGCAUAUUCAGUGGUUGUUGAUCGCCUGUAUAUUGUAGUUCCUAUGAGUACCCUUCAUCAGGUCAGAUCUUCUGUUCCAUUAGAUGCCUGCAUGCUGCGAAAGAAGGGUAAACCGUUUCCCCUAGCCUGUGAGGAAGAUCGAAAAGAUGGCACUAUUAGAGUGGGGAAGGAAAAAUUUGUUUUUCCCUAUGGCCUGUGACCUUGUGUUACUGUCUAGUUGAUUUUGCUAUCUUCUCUAACUCCCAACUGCUCUGUUCUGUUAGCUGGUUCAAUGUAGAAGUAGAGAUGGUCCAAAUAGCUGUUUCAAUGUGAAACAGAGUCCUUUCAUUUCUUCAGCAAAAAACAUUUCUCAUUUGUCUACUUGGCUAUGCAGGAGAGGUUUGCUGGUACCACAUUUUGUACCCUUAAAAGAUUUAAAAAAUUUUACGUUGUACUUUCAAAGAUUAGACUUCUCAUAUUGCACAUUCAAUACAUUAAAAGUAUUGUAGCAUGGCUCUUCCGUUAGUUUUUGUUGUUCAUUUUGUCAACGUAAAUGAGAUAGUUUUUGACGGAAUGAGCAACGGAAAGAUUACAUUAUAAUGCUUUUAAUAUUUUAAUAUAUUGAGG